AUGGCCACGGCGAGGACGAUGAGCAUCGUGGAUCAUGAACUCCCCGACGAUACACACAACAUCUACGAUGUCACAUUCUUCGAAGACACCAUCUCAACCAUAGUCACAAACACACCAUCAUACGUUGACACUUGGAUCUCCGACAUCGAACGCAUCCACCGCCGCCGUCUCCACUCCCUCGUCGUCGGCCUCGAUGUUGAGUGGCGUCCUAACCAGAGUCGGAACUUCGAAAACCCAGUGGCCACGCUCCAACUCUGCGUGGGACGCAGCUGCUUAAUUUUUCAGAUCCUCCACUCCCCUAACGUCCCUUCGUCGCUCAGAAACUUCUUCAGUAAUCCCUCCUACACCUUCGCCGGCGUCGGGAUCGAUAACGACUUGGAGAAGCUUACGGAAGAUUACAAUCUGGUGGCUGCGAAAACGGCUGAUGUGAGGGCGUUGGCUGCGGAGAAGUAUGGUUUGAGGGAGCUUAAGAAUUCAGGGUUGAAAGAAUUGACGAGAAGGGUUCUUGGGAAGGAGGUGAGCAAGCCGAAGGCGAUUACGAUGAGCAGAUGGGAUAAUCAAUGGCUGACUUCGUCUCAGCAAGGGAAGAAGAACUGGUGGCUGCCACCACCUCUGCAACUCCCUUUCUCCUUCAUUUUCUUUCCCGUCGAUCAAAUAGCCCAAACACCCUCCGUUCACUUCGUGUGCUACUCACCUCCACAGCCGACAACAAAAGGGGAAAGCAUUCGAGAGGAGCAACGGAGCAACCAUAUUGCCAUCACCUUCGAUGCUUCAAUCAUCUUCGAGCCUGUCACCGCCUUCAGCUCCUGCGCUUCUUCUGUCUCAGAAGGAAGGUGCGAAGGUGGGGAAUCAAAAAGGGGCUGCCGACUCCGAUGUUUGCUCCGAGGAAACACCUACUUCGGUGGUGGGUUCAGGCCAGGGAACGAAGAAGAAAUGGAGGAUGAAAGGGGGAAAGGCAGCAACGAUCGCAAUAGUCUUCAGGGGGAGUUCAGUGACUACGAUCGACAGGAAACGAAGGAGAAGACAGGCGAAGGAGAAGACAGGCGAAGUAGAAGAGGCAACUGCCUCCUGUUCUUCUUCUUGAUGGCAACAACAAUUGAAUGA